CGCCACAGUCGUCCGUCGUGCAGCACCGCGGUACGAGUCUGAAGUAGAUACCGCCGCCGCCGCCGCCGACGUACCGAUUUUCCGUUCGUUUACACCGCCGUCGCCGCCGUACAAGUCUGUGUGCGAGUGCGUCGUGUAUAGUUGUGUACGUGUGUGUGUGUGUGUGUGCGUGUAUGUGUGUACGCGCUGAUUAUAGAAGAUUGUUGUUAAAAUAUUGAAAAAAAAAGAAGAAAUCGUAUUUACACUUAUCAACGCGAACAAAUAAAUAUUAUAGAGCAACGCCGCCGCGACGAUAUAAUAUUAUCAUAUUCGCACAAAUAACAUAAUAUAACGCUAUAUUUACAUGUAUAUAAUAUACAAUAACACACUCGCACGAUAUCAUCGUUUUGUGUGUAUAUAACAUAAUUUAUAUUUAUAUAUACAACGAAAUAACAUGACGUAUCGUUUUACCCCGUGCAACAGAAGAAGAAUAAGCAGCAGCCGCCGUUAUUCCGGUAAAAGUGUCGUGGCCGUCGACGCCGCCGCCGCCGCCGCUGCAGUCGCGUUUACGUGAACCGCAAAUUUGUAUUUAUAUUGUUUUUCGCGUGUGAUAAUAACUAUUGUAUGUGGUCAUCGUCCGGCAACGGCACGCAGAAAUCGCAGCUGCCCCGCACAAAGCAGAGAACCGAACGACCGUCAUCGUUUUAUUAUUAUUUUUUCCCUAUUCGUUUUUUACAUUAAUUGUUUUUAUUAUUAUUAUCAAUUUGCACGCCGACGAUAUGACGUGAUCGCCAAAUGAUACAACCGCUACCGGAAGUGUAAAUUCGAAUUGUGCAAACGCUUUGCAGUCGAACAAUGUCAGACGGCGACACAAAUGAAGAUCUGCUAAAAAGCAGUAGUUAGUCAGGUUUGAGACUAUGGAUUCAUAUGAGCUGUUUGGAGAGGAUGUGGGUGGAAAUAUGUUGGAAGGCUUACCUGAAUUGGGAGGAGAUAAUUUUACAGAUGUGGCAGGUCGUGGCAAUCAACCUCCUCCGAAUGCCGGUUAUGCACAAUCGCAGCCGUAUCAGAUGCCUGGAGAAAUGCACGGCCAUCAAGUGGAAUCUCCAUUACAAAAACUUGCAUCUUUUGGACCACCAGGAAAUGGAGGACCAGGUGCACCUGAUUACAACUCUGGUAAUCACAUGGAUCAUUUCCAUUCUAAUCAUUCUGGGUCUGCAUAUGGUUCAAGUAGGAUGCCUUCAGGUCUCAGACCUAAUUUAGGGCAAUCUGGACCUCAACAGUAUUCUCCUUAUUCAGAUACAGCUGGAGGCAUGUAUGGAAACAAUGAUCAAGCUGCUUUACAAGCCUGGUCGAAUUAUCCUGCUCCGGGUAUGAGCAGACAUUAUCCUCAUAUAGCUCAAACGUCGUAUCGACAACACAUGAGCUAUCAGCAACAGCCCAAUCAAGAAACCCAACAAAAACCUGGUCAAUAUGUACCGAUGAUGACUUCACAUCAAGCACCUUCUAGUGCUUAUUCCAGAAGUCAACAACAGUCGAUGGCCCCUCCUUAUCAGAAUAUGAUGUACUCAAAUUCUGCACCUGGAUACACUGGUUAUGGCCAUCAACAAAAUACUACGACAGGUUCUACACGUAUGCCACAACAUCACAUACAACAAUAUCCUCAGCAACAAAUGCAGAUGUCUGAAAUACCUAACCCACAAGGUUCUUCAAAUUACAACCAUUUACAGUCUCAAAUGUCUACACAUCCAGGUUUUGCGCAGCAAACACAACCACCUCCACAACAACAGCAAUCUCAACAACCCCAACAACCACAACAACAAAUGCCUCAAAGAGCUUUAGGCAUUGAAGUACCUAGUAAUCCAUCGUACGGUUCCCCUAGUGGUAAUAGUCAAAGUAAAUCUCAUACUUCUCAAGGUGAAAGUCCACAACCACAAUAUCGUGCACAAUUUCCCCAACUUUCACCCCAGAUGUCACCGCGGCCUCAAAUGUCACCUAGACCGCAAAUGUCGCCUAGGCCCGUAAUGUCACCAGCCAAACCAUCGACACAUUCUCCACAUCCUCAUUCCGCUCAAACUAUGUCCCCAAGGCCAGCUACUGCGAUAACUCCUAAGGCUGUAGCUUCGUCAAGCCCAUCACCAUACACCCAACAAAGUACUCUUCAACAGCUUGAACAAAUGGUUAUGCCGACUGUAAACACUAACCAACCUACAGAGUAUCCGUCAUACAGAGGAGGUCUUCAGACUAAUACUUCUCCGCACUGGCAAUCGAAUCCAAGAACUCCACAUAACGGAGGAAUGGUUCCAUCAAAUUUAAACGACCCUAGUAUGUCCGGAUACUCAAACAUGUCAGCAUCUGAGGAUAACCAAAAUGUAGAUUCAUCGAAAUCGCAAAGUAACUCGAAUUCAAGUAGCAAUAUGAACAUGAACAACAUGUCUAAUAUGGAUUUGCCUCCAACUUUAGAACCGCAGACCAGCAUACCACCUGUGCAACAACAACAAACCAAUCAAAAUCAGGGCUCUAUUGAUCACAUGGGAUCUAAUAGUAUUAUGCCAUCUGCUGCUAAUAUUGGGUAUAAUGAUUCAAUGUCACAAUAUCAAAAUGGUAAUAAAAUGGAAGAUAUGAUCAGCAGCCAUCCAUCCGAUCCACCCCAGCAGAUGCAACAUGGACAAGCUUCGAUGUAUGAUCAUAGAGGGCCACCGCCUCCUGGAAUGUAUCAUUCGUCUCCUAUUAGCCACCAGCAAGAAAUGGCUGCAUUGCAACAGCAACUCCAAGAGUUAUAUUGUAUGCCACCCGCUGGACCUGAUCACCAAAUGAGAAUAAGCCACUUACAAGAAAGAAUAUCUAUUUUGCAACAACAUGAAGCAAAUGACCAAUGUAUGGGCGGUGUUCAUUGUCCUGUAGUUAAUCCAAUGUAUCAACCUCCAAUCAUGGAACCAGCUGUGCCUGUGGCGACUUCAGGACGUGGAAGAGGUAGAGGACGAGGGAGAGGCAGAGGCAGUGCUUCGGGCGAAGGUAGAGGAACGCCUAAACCUAGAAAAAGUAGAAAGAAGGCUCAAGAACAAGAGCAGAUGCCUUUUUCUCCUCCUGUUUUACAACCCGAACUGCCCACUCAUUCUAUGGUGCCACAAGAAAUGAUGCCAAUGCACAUGAAUAUGAGUCCUGGUAUGGCUCAGCAACACCAUAUGAUGGGUUCUAAUAUGCCACACUUAGGAAUGCCGCCAAAUCCUAUGCAUCAUGAACAGCAUAUGCCUCAACCACCCAUGUAUAAUAAUUCAGACCCUGCAUAUCAUCAUCACAUGCAGUCCAUGGGAAUGCCACCACAACAGCACGUACCCCAACAACCUCCACCUCAACAGUUACAACAACUACCAGUCCAACAGCCUAUCAUGCCCUGUGCAUCGGAGCCACAAUUGCCUAAUUCUGUGCCCUAUCCGACAGACCCUAUGAUACCUACGGGACACAUUGAACAACCUAUGCAAAUGCCUCCUGAACAACAUCAACAACAACCACACCAACAUGUACAGCAACAAGAACAACACUUAACUCGAGAGCAACACCAGCAACAGGAGGAUGCGGAAAUCGAGCAGGAAGAACAGCUACAACAGCAGCAACAACAAUUACAACAACAGUCCAUUAUAGCUAAUUCUCCAAUUCCAUCUGAGCCUAUAAGCCAGGCUGAAUCGCCUUCUGUAGAACAAAAUAAUGAUGACUCACCAGCACCUUCUGAGUAUAAUGCACAAUCGCCAUUGCCUUACAUUGAAGAGAAAAAAGAUGACAAUACUGAUAGUCAAUCCCCGGUUCCCAGUCCAAAUGUUGAAAAACCAGCAACACCUGAAAAUGAUAAAAUAUCUGUUGACUCUCAUCAAUCUAGAUCGUUAUCUCCAGCAGAAUUAAAUGAACCACAAUCUCUUGAACGUGAUUGUUGGUCUGGCAGUGAUCAGGAUCCUCCACCGCCAACACUAAUUCCUGAAGUCUCACCACCAGUUUCACCUAAAGCGUUAGAAGAACCUCCUGUAGAGUCCAGUGUAUUUAAUUUUACAGAAGACGAAGAACCGCCCCCUCCACUUCAUUCACUUACUGAAGGAUCUCCUAGAAAGUCUAAAGCAACAAGAACACCUAAAAAGUCACAGUCUCCAAAAACCAAAAAACCUAAAGCUGUCAAAGUUCCUAAACCUAAAGUUGUUAAAGAAAAGAAAAAGAAAGAAACAGUCACAGAAACUGAAGUAACAGAAACUCCUAAGCCCAAAAGACAACCAAAAAAGAAGAAAAAAGUUGGAGUCGAAAAUGUUACGCCUGUUGAAGAAGCUCCGAUUGACGAACUAAAUUUAGAAACAAAUAAUGAAGAAGAAAGCAUUAUGAAUGACAGUGAAGUUGAAACUAAAAAUGAUACUGAACCAGCUAAGUCUUUGGAUGAUUCUGAAGUAGAUACAAAUCCUUGCAAGAGCGAAAAGGAAAAUACUGCUGAUGAUUCAAUGGUAGAUGUAGAAUCGUUACCUGAAAGUACUCAAUCAGAAGCACCUUCAAAAUCUUCAAAGUCUACUAAACGGAGUACAGAUCGUAAAACGAAAGCUCGUAGUAGUAAUCGUUCUUCUAAGCGGAAAAAACCAAAACCCGUUCCUGCUAAUGAAUCCGAUAAUGACGAACGUAACAUAACACCACCACCAUCUCCAGAAGGAGAUGAUAAUAAACGAAGAUCGGGGAGGCAUACUCAAAGAAAGAAAUAUGUUGAUGAUAUUAUGUUAGCUAUGUCCGAUGAUGACUCACGAAAAUCGUCAUCUCCUCAAAGGAAGUCUUCAGUUUCUGGUUCUGGUACUGCUGGUGAAAGUAAAAAAUCAAAUCAAGACAAAAAUGCUAAUGCUAAUUCGGUCAAACCUAAUAUGGUGUAUAUUAAUGUAACUGAUGAGGAUUCGAUGGUAGUUCAGCAUAUAUUAGCUGUUCGAAAGGGAACUCGAGAAGUGAUUACUACUAGUAAAGAUGAAAAGAGUUCUCAUAGUGACAGUGAAAGUGAAAUUAAGAAAGAAAAUGAAGAGGUUAUAACUGAAAAGACUGAAAAAGAUUUGGAAGAAAAAACAGAAGAAACAGAAGAUAAGGUCGAUGAAGAAGGAUCUACAGUAAAAACUGAAGAUAUAAAACAUGAGGAAAAAAUUGAAAAUAAAGAAAUUAUAAAAAAAGAAUCGGGUGAUGAAGAAGAAAAUACAGAAUUAAAAUCUGAUGAGUCUAAUGAUAAUAAUAAAAAAACGAUUGAAGUGGAUGAAUAUUAUGUGAAGUAUAGGAAUUUCUCAUAUCUUCAUUGUGAUUGGAAAACCGAAGAAGAAUUAAUGAAAGGCGAUAAACGAAUCGCUGCUAAAUUGAAACGAUUCAAACAGAAAAUGGCAAAUAAUACUAACAUUUUUGAAAAUCUUGAAGAAGAACCUUUCAAUCCAGACUAUAUCGAAGUAGAUCGUGUCCUUGAUGUAUCGGAACAGUUUGAAGAACCAAAUGCUGAAAAACCGACCAAAUAUUACUUGGUUAAAUGGCGUGCUCUGCAGUAUGAAGAUAGCACGUGGGAGUUGGAACCGGAUGUCGACCCAGUGAAAAUCGAGGCCUUUGAAAAGAUAAGGCAUACACCACCCAAAGACCAAUGGAAGCCCAAGAAAAAACCUUCUCCGACCGAUUGGGAGAAAUUGGAGAAGUCGCCUGUCUAUAAGAGUAACAACACGCUGAGGGAAUACCAAUUGGAAGGUCUUAACUGGUUACUUUUUUCCUGGUAUAAUGGUCGCAAUUGUAUAUUGGCUGAUGAAAUGGGUCUCGGUAAAACUAUUCAGUCAUUGACAUUUAUAAACGCUGUUCAUGAAUAUGGUGUUAGAGGGCCUUUUCUAGUCAUAGCGCCGUUAUCGACUAUUCCUAAUUGGCAAAGAGAAUUUGAAGGGUGGACUGAAUUAAAUGUUAUCGUUUAUCAUGGCUCUUCUCAUAGCAGAAAUAUGGUACAACAAUAUGAAAUGUAUUAUCGAACCGAGAAAGGUGCUAUAAUUAAAGAGAUAACCAAAUUCGAUGUACUUAUCACAACAUUUGAAACUAUUAUAUCCGAUUGUAUGGAACUUAAAGAUAUUAACUGGAGACUUUGUGUUAUUGAUGAAGCACAUAGGCUUAAAAAUCGAAACUGUAAAUUGCUGGAAGGAUUGCGUGCAUUGAACCUUGAACAUAGAGUUUUGUUGUCUGGAACACCUCUACAAAACAAUGUAAACGAACUAUUUUCGCUAUUGAAUUUCCUCGAACCCACUCAGUUUUCGAGCUGUGAAGAAUUUUUGCAAGAGUUUGGUUCUUUAAAAUCAGAAACUGAAGUACAGAAGCUUCAAUUAUUACUAAAGCCAAUGAUGUUACGGCGGCUUAAAGAAGACGUUGAAAAGUCAAUUGCCCCUAAAGAAGAAACAGUCGUUGAAGUUGAAUUGACCAAUAUACAAAAGAAAUAUUACAGAGGAAUUUUGGAGAAAAACUUCUCAUUUUUAUCGAAGGGCACAACUUCGGCUAAUGUCCCUAACUUAAUGAACACCAUGAUGGAAUUACGUAAAUGUUGUAUUCAUCCAUAUCUAUUAAAUGGAGCUGAAGAUCAAAUUCAAUACGAUUAUCGCAACCUCAACGGUGAUGAUCCUGAUGUCUAUUAUAAAGCAUUAAUACAUUCUUCUGGUAAAAUGGUAUUGAUUGACAAAUUGCUUCCAAAACUCAAAGAUAAUGGACACAGGGUGUUGAUAUUUAGUCAGAUGGUACGGUGUUUAGACAUUAUUGAAGAUUAUUUAGUGUAUAGAAAGUAUCCGUUUGAAAGGUUAGAUGGUAGGAUACGUGGAAACUUGCGUCAAGCUGCCAUCGACAGGUUUUGUAAACCAGAUUCUGAUAGAUUCGUGUUUUUGUUGUGUACCAAAGCUGGUGGUUUGGGUAUUAAUUUAACCGCUGCCGAUACUGUAAUAAUUUAUGACAGCGAUUGGAACCCACAGAACGAUCUUCAGGCCCAAGCGCGUUGCCAUAGAAUUGGACAACAAAAAAUGGUAAAAGUGUAUAGACUUUUGUGCCGCAAUACAUACGAAAGGGAAAUGUUUAAUAAAGCAUCGUUAAAACUUGGAUUGGAUAAAGCUCUUCUUCAGAGUAUGAAUACAGCACAAGGCAAAGAUUUAAACAACAAACAGCUUUCUAAAAAAGAAAUAGAAGAUUUGCUAAAGAAAGGUGCGUAUGGUGCUGUUAUGGAAGAAGACAAUGCUGGGGACAAAUUUUGCGAAGAAGAUAUCGACCAGAUCCUUUCAAGGAGAACACAAGUUAUCACACUAGAAAGUGAAAAAGGAUCAACUUUUUCCAAAGCUAGUUUUGCAUCAAGUGGCAUACGUCAAGAUAUCGAUAUUGACGAUCCCGACUUUUGGAAAAAAUGGGCUAGGAAAGCUGAUAUUGACACAUCCGACAGAGGAGAUCAAAAUGAACUAGUAAUAUCAGAACCAAGACGGCGUACACAAAUAAAACGAUAUGGGCACGAUGAAGCUGUUAUGGAUAUGUCAGAACUUGAAUCUUCUGGUUCUGCGGACAGCGACGGUGACAAUAAUCAAGGAAUCGGUCGUGGAAGAGGACGUCGAACUCGUAAAAGUAAAAACUUGCGUAACAAAUUUUUACCACCUGACUAUGUACCCAAAGAAGGAGAAGUGCUUUAUGGUUGCUGGACAAGAAGUGAAUGUUACAAAGUUGAAAGAGGAAUUUUGACUUUUGGAUGGAGUCGUUGGUCAGAUAUUAUUUUACAUAAUGAUUUCCGUGACGGUUGGAAAGAAAAUGAUGUUGAAGAUUUAGCUCGUAUUGUUAUUUUAUAUUGCUUACGAUUUUAUCGUGGAGAUGAAAAGAUACGAUCUUUUAUUUGGGAUCUUAUAACACCUGAUAACAUAUCUGUUGAAGAUUCUCCAACACAUAGUGGCCAAAAUUCUCGAGGAUCAAAAAAGAAAAAAUUGAAGCAAAAAGAAUUGAAUUCUGCUCAAUUGAUUGACGAAGAACAUUGGAGCCGAAACUCCAAGUACGACGGAGACAUUUUUUUGGAUAGCAAUUAUCGUAAACAUCUCAGUCGACAUGCUAACAAAGUUUUAAUAAGACUACGUAUGCUGUAUUAUAUCAAAAGUGACAUAGUGGGUGAUUUAGCUUCACAAGUCAUAGAAGGUCUCCAUAUUAGUAAAUUACCAAUAAACACACCUCUUUGUGAUCUCGCUCCUACUCCCUGGUGGGAUCGCGAUGAUGACCGUUCACUAUUAGUCGGUAUAUAUAAACAUGGCUUUGAAAGUUAUAACCAGAUGAGAAAUGAUCCUGCUUUGAGUUUCCUUGCCAAGUGCGGACCACCAACUACAGUCGAUGAAAAAGAAACAAAUGUGUCAAAACUAAAUGAUGUAGAAGAAAAUUCUGAAGUACCUACAAACUAUGAAGAAAUAUUAUCAGAACCAUCAACUUCAUUGGCUGCAGAAGAUAGCACUGCCGUAUUACCGUCAACACCUACAGCCGAAUCAAAUGAAUUUAUUUGGCCUUCCAUCGGUGAUCUUAAUAACAGAGUGAGAAGACUCAUAUCUACUUGCCAAAGAAAUUUUAAGAAAGAAGAACAAAAAAUGGUUCAGAAGGCUAAGGAUGUGACCAUGUUUAAAUUUGAUCUCGGAUCGCCGAGAUCUUUGAUGGAUACCAUCAGUUCAUCACAGGCAUUGCCGCUAGGAGAAUCAACGUGCGCGGUGACGCCAGGUACAGCCCAGUUAUCAGGAGACGUUGCCAGCCUCCUUGGUACGGGACAGCCCGGAUGGGACUGGCAACAACUGGCCAUGUAUCUUUGGAAGGUGGAAAGAAGAGAAAAGUAUGAACAAUUUGUCAGGGAGCGAGAACGACAGCGAAUGGAAGUGAGUCAGAAAAAAUGGACCAGAAAAGAAGAACAAGAAUUCUAUAGGGCUGUGACCACAUAUGGUGUUGAUUACGAUAGGUCGACAAAAACAUAUAAUUGGACAAAAUUUAAAAGUGUUGCUAAAUUGGAGAAAAAAUACGAUGACACUUUAACUGAAUAUUUCCGUUCAUUUUAUGCAAUGUGUAAACGUUUAUGUAACCAGGCUUUGACCAAAGAAGAAGAAUUAUGUGAUUUUCCAAUGGAAUUGAUAAAUGAAGAACGUGCCCGUCGAGCUCUGGAACGCAUUAAUUUACUUGUUAAAAUACGCGAAGAAAUAUUAAUUCACCCACAAUUGGAUGAACGUUUAAAAGCUUGCCAAGUGUCUGCAGAUGUACCUGAUUGGUGGCAACCUGGGAAGCAUGAUAAAGAUUUACUCAUUGGAGUUGCCAAACACGGCCUAGGAAGAACCGAUUUUUACAUUCUUAAUGAUCCCGAGUUAACUUUUAGAGAAAUAGUUCAGAAAAAUUUACUAUCCGCAGUGUCGGGAUCUUAUCCAGCAGAAUUACUUCAAGCGGCUAAAUCUGAAGCUAUUCAAUUGGCCGAAUCCAGUAAAUUAAAAGUUUCAAAGACAGAUUCGAGUAAAUCUGAACUAUCUAAGCCGGCUUGUAAUAAAUCAGAAGUGAUUAAAGCAGAAACUCCAGUAGUUGAGUCAGUAAAGGUUGAAGCCACUGCAUCAGAUGUUCCUGAAUCUGACACUUCCAAGGGGGAAUCUUUAAAAUCUGAUCCCGAAGCUGAAUCAAAAACGUCUAAAUCCGACGAUGAAGAGGUAGUGGAUAAGGUAGCUAAACCUGAAAAUGAACCUACCGAGUUUUUAGAUAAUAGUAAAUUGUCAAAAAGUGACACCGCAGAUGCUGAUCAGGAGAAUGAUUUAUCUGAAGAUGCAAACGAAUCGAAAACCACUACUGUAGCUGGAAAUAUUGAACCCAUGCAAGUCGAUAUUCAAGAAGAUGCAGAAUCUGAAAGCUCCGAUAAAAAUAACAAACAAGAAAUCCAUGAAAAUCAAAAGGAAGUGUAUAAUGAUAGAGAAAACUUAUCAGAGACUAAUGAUAAACAAGAAAGUGAUGAAAAACAAGAAGAUGAUUUAGUAGAAAACGAGAAAGCCAACAAGCCCGAGAAAGAAAAUGACGUGUUCCCGGUUGAUAACAAAUCGAGUGAUAAAGUAGAAACUAAAGAAGAAUCGAUGACCUCUGAAAUUAAAGAGGAAGCCACUAAUGAAAUAACUACACAAAUCACAAUUAAUCCUGAUAUUAAAACCAAUGAAGAACCUAUCAAAACUAAGGAUGUUUCUGCAUCAGUAGAAAGUGUUGACAGGUUAAAAGCUAUGUUUCCCGAACUUGAAGUUAUGCAUAAAGAUAUUUCUAGUCCUGCUAUUGAUAAAUUGCCCAUGCAAAAACCAUUACAGCAAAUCGAUCAAACUAUUGCUCACCUCUUAGCCACUAGUUAUCAGAAUCCAAUUAAAUGGCCAAAGGAACAUGCUCUGGUUGUUCGAUUGCAGCACAUUGUCGAAUGUGUUGAAACUGGUGAAUGGCCUGUUAGUAAAAAGUUUUCAGCAUAUGCCCAAAAUCCAAUUGGAAUUGUUAAUGUAGGAAUGGACGAUUCCGAUAUUGGAAUUGGUAAAAGAGAAAUAGGGCAACUACAUGAUCACACUGGAAUAUCUGAUGUCCACAAUGACCACUCUUCAAUAAGAUCUAAAAUUAUGAUGGCUCAUUCGAAUGUUAACUUAAAACGCAAACGUCAUAUUGCCAUUGAUGUAGAGACUGAAAGAGCCAAACUUCAUGCAUUACUUAAUACCAAUUCAAUUCCUGCACAUCCAGCAAAACACUCAUCUGCUCCCAUGUGGGAGCAAACGGAUGAAUCACUUUCUGAAGACUCGAGGCGAUCGACACCAAUUCCUUCGCAACAUAUUCAACCUCCACCAGCUCAUCAGCAAUCACAUAAUACAUCUGCUAGGCUAAUGAACAUGGCUUAUGAUUUAAAAUUUUCAAAUACUCAAAAACCACCUACUUCAAAUAUUGCCACUACACCACAGUCUACUGGACCAAUAGAUCUGUCGUCUGGAGGUGGACAACAACAGUCAGGGUGUAUGGACUUGAGUUCUGGACCAAGGGAUUCUUCUGUAAACGAAGUCCAAGACUUUUCCAUGCCAUUUAAAAAUAAACCCAACCAAAAUGUAACGCAAUCUUCCAGUACGUCUACACCACCUAAAAGUAAAUUGGAUGACAUGUUGAACAAACUCAUGCAAAAGAAAAAUUGUGUACGCCCCUCAAUGACACGAGCUGCAGAAGAACCUCCUGCUGUUGGAAAAGAAAUGAAACGUCGCAAGCUUGAUGAAAUAGUGUUCGGUUUAUCUGCUGCUAAAGAACAGCAGUCAACACCUCCGGCCGAACAGAAGAAACAGCACUCUUCAUCAACUCCCUCUGCCCAUGGUUAUCCGGUACCAUCAAGUAAAUCGCAACAGAGUUUGUCACAGCAAUUAGGAGCGGCUCAUAGGCAAUCCAGUAAAUUAGACCCACUAACAGCAUUUUUAUCAUCACAAGUUCAUGAACAGCAGUCGAACUUGCUUAAGCAACACACUACAUUACAACAACAACUUGCCCAACAACAACAAGUUUUAAAAAUGUCUCAGUCAUCGAAUGCUUCAUCAGUUUCUCAAACACAACGAAAAAUGUAUGAAGCAAUGAUGGACAGUAUGGCAAAAAGCACUGCUGAAUACUCUGGUAAAUUAAACGCGUCUGCGUUUUCACAAGAAGCCAAAGUUAACAAAUGGUUAGCAGAACAAAAUGCAUUGAUGACCGAUCAGCAAAUGUCUGCAGACUUCCUAUCGGCUCCAAGAAGGCGAAGACCAAGAGUAGAUCCGACACUAUUAGACUGGAAAAAAUUGACCGGAGAAGAAAAUGUAUCGGUUAUAAACAGAACCACAGGAAAAAAGCUGACUGGAACAAAAGCUCCGCCAUUAAAGAGAAUUGGUCAAUGGCUUCUUGAAAACCCAUCGUAUGAUGUAGAUCCAAAGUGGGCUGACUUAGUUAAAGAACGUGGAAAUCUCACUCAUGAUUUGCAAAAAAGAUUACCCCAAACUGAACGUAAAAAGGGACCAGGACGACCACCAAUGCAAUCUGGAGAAAAUGCUGGCUCAUCUGGUCCAUCACUUUCAGGAAAUCAGCCUUCGUCAUCUAUGGCUUCAAAUUUGUCCUUCCCAUCAUUAGCUACUGCUGGACUUGGUGGAAUAAAUCCAUCAACGCUUCUGUCUAGUUUGUCAAUGGGCAAUUUUGAUCCAAAGAACAAUCCUUUAUUAAUGCCAUUUAGUGGACUUUCUAAUAUUGGUGCAUUGGGCAGUAUGGGAGGAUUAAGUAACAUGAACUUGACAAAUUCAUUAUUUGCUAACCUUGCUGGUUUAGGGUUACCGGGACUGGCUGGUCUAGAUCCAUCCAGCAUGAAUGACAGUUCUCAUUCUACCCAAAACCAGCAAGUCAAUUCUAAAGCCUCUAAAUCAAGGAAGUCUGAAUCGAGUACUAAAACACCCACUCCGUCAUCUUCGUCGGCCAACGUACCAUCAAGCUUACCAGGAUCAUUACCAUUUUUCUUCCCCAAUCCCAGUAUGUUGUACUCGCCAUUGGGCUUGGGUGGACUGAAUCCAUUUACAUUGCCACCCGGAGCCAUAUCAUCGGCAUAUGACAGUUUGUCAUUACUAAACGGUAGUCUUAAUGUCUCAUCUCCAAACACUUCUCAAGGACUCUCUCGACAUAAAACUUCAAGUAGCCGAGGUCAGAGUUUAAAUGCCAGUACCGUAACUUCAUCUAGUCAACGACAACCGAGGACCAGUACACAUCAUUUACCUACGCCCUCCCCAAGUCCUGCUGACCUUCUUGAAAAUUUAACUAGAGCAAGUCGUAAUUUACCCCAUCCGGAAAUGUCAAAGAGUCGGAGUUCCAGGGACGUAGACAGUUUACGUUCGCUGAUGUCGAGCAUGCCACCGUUCAAUAUGUUGGCCGCUGGAGCCCUAGCCGGUAGCAGCGACCCUAAAAGGUCUAGAGAACAGGAAAUGAGAGAAGCCCUUGAAAACUUGAGCAAAGCUUCACCGGAGUUGUUUGCACGAGCUUUACCUGACGAUAAGAAAUUCAGUUUUCCAUCUAUGGAAAUGAUGGAAAAGACGCUAAAGAGAACUGUCGAUCAAAAUUCUACUGAGAGGCCCAGCAAACGUCCAAAAGACAUGAUAUCUCCCAUUACAAUCCCAGUACCACAUGCUAUGACAACAAAACCGAAUGUUAAUAGGGAGAGUUCCUCUUCUGAAUCCGGCAUUGACUUGACGAGUACAGUCAAAGCCAAGUCUCCCGACAAACACAAAGAAAAAUUUGAGAAUAUUGACGCACCUCAAUCUAAUGUUUUAGCAAAAUGUGAUUCACAAAUUGAUAAACCUGAUGAUAUGACGAAGCAAAAAUCUGAUAUGGCUGACGACAUUGACGACAAAAAUGGGAACGGUAAAAAAAAUAAAAAAGGUAAAGUCAAAAAACUGUCAGUUGAAGAAAAUGUAGAGCGAAAAAAUCUUCGCAGCGCUGGUAGAUCUACAAGGGCUAAGUCUCAUUCUCGAUCACCAUCGCCAACGACAUAACAACUUUCCAUUAUCGUCUUUUUAAUUUAAACAUUUUUUUUUUAAUAUUAUAUAUAUAUAUAUGAGUUAUAAAACCAUUCCUAGUAUUUAAUGCGCUAGUUAGCAUUUUUAACAUAUAUUUUUUUUAUUGUUUAUUUGUAACAAAAGUUUUUCUAAAAAGUAUUAUUAUUAAUAUAGUAUUUUUAAGAUAUUUUUAACUAGUUUGAUGUUUAAGUUUCUUUUAAAUAGAUUUUUUCAUUUAUUUAAAACUAAAGUUCAAAUGAAACAUUUGAAUCAUUUUAUUGUUUCAUUUUUGUACAGUAAGUUAUUGGAAAAUGAGAAAUUAAGCUAUUACAUUAUAUUAUUACUAUAAUAUACUAUUAUGGGUUUCCUAUGAUAUUGUAAAUACUUUUAUAAUACCAAGCAUUGCUCUCUAAAAAAAAAAAAAAAUUAUUAUUUAUAACUCUCUUCAAGUCAUAAAUAAUUUACAAUAAAUAUUUUUUUAAAAUGUCUGCUUCUCAUUUUUUAUUUUGUUAAAGUGAUUUUUUUGUUUACACAACUGUGAUAGUGUAUUUUCAAUUUUGAAGACUAAAUAUAACUAAUACAAAUGUAUUUUACAUCUUUUUAAAUUCAUAUUUCAUGAUAUUUGUUUAUUUUCAUAGAUCCAAUUUAUUUUAAUUCAUGAUUAAUAUUAAUAAAAGAAUACUUAUUUAAAAGUUUCAAUAUUAAAACGAUUAAAACUAAUUAUAACUUUUUAACCAGUAUUCUGUUUCAUGUAAUUUUCUUUAUACAUAAAGCAGCUAAAGUGUUUUGUGUUUACACGCACAAAAAUAAAUAAGUGUAUGUAAAUAAUUAUAAUUGUAGAUAUAUAUUAACAAGUUUGUUAAUAGAUGUUAGUCAUAAUGUGACCCCGUUUCCUCAAGUCACUUUUGUUUGUGUAUAGUCCCAAUGCCCGAUGUAUUUUUAUUUGUAACCUAUAAAUUUGUAUAUAUGUUAAAUAUUGCUUUAUAAAUAUUAUGUAUACUUAAACAAGAUAUAAUUAAAUGUAAUAGGUAAACUUAUCUAGUUCGUAGCGAUAUUGUUUUAAUAUUAAAAUACAGUUUUUUCAACAUUGUAUAUAAACGUACCUAAGAGUUUUGGAUCGCUGAUCCGUUUUCUUUGAAUGAGUGGAUGAGUAUUAUAUACAUGACCUGAACAAAAUCACUUUAUAUAAAAUUAUAAUAAAAUAGGCAAAUGAAAAAAAAUGUACUUCAGUAAUAUUACUACGUAGGCUUAAUUACAGAAUUUAAGGUUUUAUAUUAAUUGCAUUAAAUUUAUUUGUAUGUUUAAAUUAUACAUGUGUCAAUAUGUAUAAUAUACAUGGUGUAUACUUAUAUAAUAAAAGAUAACGUGGAAUAAAAAUAUAUAAACAUCACAAAUAAAAAAAAUUGAAUUAAUCGACUUAAAAGGUACUUAUAUUAAAACUUUUUUACUCAUAUUGUAUACUCGUUUAUGUUAUUUUUAUUGAACUACCUAUUUUGUUUGGGUUGAAAAUGUCUUGUUGUUCUUACAAUGUGUGGCAGUUUUUUGUUUGUUUCUAAAUCUAUUUUUGCUUACACAAACUGUUUACUUUCUUAACUAAUAUGAAACGGUAUGUGUGAACAUAUGAUAGUUAAUGGAAUUGUUAUUAUUGUUAUACAUUUUCUUUGUUGAAUUUAUUUUUGGAAAGACAACUAAAAUUUCUUUCUUAUUGGUGGAGGAUAUAAACAAAAAUAUAAGUUAAAGAAAAACGAGUUGUCGUUCCUAUCAAUAUAAACGCAUUUAAAAUAAUAAUAAUAAUAAUUUUAUUGCAAUGGAUUUUACAUUAAAUAUCUCAAAAAUUAAAUAAAAAGUAUUUAUAGUUGAAUUGUAUAAACCGAAAUGAUAAGAUUAUGUUUUAAAAUUUAAUUUGUAUUAUAAAUUACUAAUUAGAGAGGGAAAAUCUUAGAAAAUUAUACUAAUGAAUUAUAAUAAUAUUUCCACUUAAUUUUUUAUUUAUUCAUUUUGUUAUUUAUACAUUUUUUCCCAUAAAGCGCUAAUUAUAAUCUUUUUUUAUUUACAAGGUCCUCUCAUUUCUGUCAGUAAUAUAUUUAUUAUCUUUAUGUGAAAUACUUGUCGCUGCCUGUACAAUUAUGUUGUAAUGUGUAUUGACAAUUGGAUAUUAUUUUGCCCUUUUAAAAGGCUGAUAUAAGUACCUAUAUAUUAUGCAUUGUUUUCAGUCGAUGUUUCUGUAACUUUUUUUUACUUGUACAAAAUAAAAAAUUGUUUUUCUAUUUGAUA